GCUGUAGCCACAACCUAACACAUCAAGAGGCAGAGGAGCUGAGGGAAAUGCGACUCAGGGUGCAGCACUGGAAAGAGAAGGAGAUCAACGGUAAGGAGAGAAGACUCCAAGGAGGCUGCCCUAUGACUCCUCGUGAAGCGGCUCUUUUCCUGAAAGCUAUGGGUUACCCUUCCAGCACAAGGAUCUACGUCGUAUCAGGCGAAAUAUAUGGUGUGCGUAGCAUGGACGCGUUGAAGGCCGAAUAUCCAAAUGUCUACACACAUUAUAGCCUGGCUACAGUAAAUGGAUUAGAGUCUCUCAGGCUGUACCAGAACAAGUUAGCUGCUGUAGACUACAAUGUAGCCCUCCAGAGUGAUGUUUUUGUGUAUACAUAUGAUGGGAAUAUGGCUAGAGCAGUCCAGGGCCAUAGAAGAUACGAAGGAUUCCAGAAGACCAUAAACCCUGACAGGCGCAAGCUUGUCGAGCUCAUUGACAAGCUUGAUGAAGGUACAGUAGAUUGGACAGAGUUUGCAAGUGAGGUGAAGAUGCAUCAUCGAAACAAGCUUGGAGGUCCAUAUUAGAGGCUGUCUGGUCGAAGUCCAAGGCAUGAGGAGUAUUUUUAUGCAAAUCCUCUUCCAGGGUGCUUGUGCAGAAGAAACACACAGGAUCAAGUGGCAUGAACCUUACAUA